AUGGCUGGAUACGCGCUGAAAAGGUUGAUGACAGAAUACAAAGGUAAUCGAUUAUCAGUGAAGCGUGGUUGCUUUACAGAAACACUAUUCUAGAACUGACGACACGUCCGCCAGAGGGAAUCAUCGCGGCGCCCGUCGACGAGGACAACUUUUUCGAGUGGGAAUGUCUGAUCACGGGCCCCGAAGAAACGUGCUUCGCCAACGGAGUCUUCCCGGCUCGCAUCACGUUCCCGCAGGAUUAUCCGUUGUCGCCGCCCAAAAUGCGCUUCACCUGCGGCAUUUUCCACCCGAACAUUUACGCGGACGGCCGCGUAUGCAUCUCGAUUCUUCACGCGCCGGGCGACGAUCCGACCGGCUACGAAUUGUCGAACGAGCGCUGGAGUCCGGUGCAGUCGAUCGAAAAGAUUCUGCUGAGUGUCGUCAGCAUGUUGGCAGGUACUUGUAAAUUUAAUUGCUUUCCAUAUUUUUCGCGUGACCCGACGCUAAUUUUUGAAAAUUUAAAAAUUUCGGCGUGAUCGAAGCGGAAAUUUAAAAAUUUCAUUGUUCAGAGCCGAAUGACGAAUCGCCUGCAAAUGUGAGCGCCGCCAAGAUGUGGCGCGAGGAUCGUACUCAGUUUGAGAGAAUCGCCGACUCGCUGGUCCGUAAGACCCUAUGCCUUCCAGUUUCCGACAUCUAA